AGGGCGCUUGGGAGAAACCUCGCCCAGCAGCGAUAGAUUAGUCAGGCCUUAGAAAGAUGGCGUCCUCGGAGCAGGCAGAGCACCCGAGCCAGCCCAGCUCUACUCCAGGAAGUGAAAAUGUGGUGCCUCGAGAGCCGCUGAUUGCCACAGCAGUGAAGUUUCUGCAGAAUUCUCGGGUCCGCCAGAGCCCACUUGCAACCAGGAGAGCAUUCCUUAAGAAGAAAGGGCUGACAGAUGAAGAGAUUGAUUUGGCUUUCCAGCAGUCGGGCACGGCUGCCGAUGAGCCUGCGUCCUUGGGCCCAGCCACACAGGUGGUUCCUGUCCAGCCCCCUCACCUCGUUUCGCAGCCAUACAGCCCUGCGGGCUCCCGGUGGAGAGAUUACAGCGCCUUGGCCAUCAUCAUGGCAGGGAUUGCGUUCGGCUUUCACCAGCUCUACAAGAAAUACCUGCUCCCCCUCAUCACGGGCGGCCGCGAGGACAGGAAGCAACUGGAGAGGAUGGAGGCGAGUCUCUCGGAGUUGAGUGGCAGCGUGGCACAGACAGUGACACAGUUACAGGUGACUCUCGCCUCCGUCCAGGAGCUGCUGAUUCAGCAGCAGCAGAAAGUCCAGGAGCUUGCCCACGAACUGGCUGCAGCCAAGGCCACUACGUCCACCAACUGGAUCCUGGAGUCCCAGAACAUCAAUGAACUCAAGUCAGAAAUUAACUCCUUGAAAGGGCUUCUUUUAAAUCGGAGGCAGUUCCCACCCUCCCCUUCAGCCCCGAAGAUCCCCUCCUGGCAGAUCCCGGUCAAGUCGCCGUCCCCCUCCAGCCCUGCUACCGUGAACCACCACAGCAGCAGUGACAUCUCGCCCGUCAGCAAUGAGUCCACGUCGUCCUCGCCCGUGAAGGAGGGCCACAGCCCCGAGGGCUCCACGGCCACGUACCACCUGCUGGGCCCCCAGGAGGGGGGCGAGGGGGUGGUGGACGUCAAGGGCCAGGUGAGGAUGGAGGUGCAGGGUGAGGAAGAGAAGAGGGAGGACGAGGAGGACGAGGAGGAUGAGGACGUGAGCCGCGUGGACGAGGAGGACUGCCUGGGGGUACAGAGGGAGGACCGCCGGGGAGGGGACGGGCAGAUCAACGAGCAGGUGGAGAAGCUGCGGCGGCCCGAGGGCGCCAGCAACGAGAGCGAGCGGGACUAGGCGCCGGGGGUCGUGGGCCAGGUGCGGACGUGGCCUCGAGCCCGGCAGGGGUGGCGUGAGGACCGAUGCCUGUCCCCCCGUGGGCUCACCUUUCCAUGCGCCCAGCCUGCCACCUCCUCGGCUCAGCCCCAGACAGGCAGGCCUCCACCUUGUCCUUGUGUCAAGCCGAGGGCGCUGAACUCUGGGCUCAAGCCCCCCAGCCCCUCCCGGGCAGACGCUCUGUCCAGGGGUGUCUGCUGAGCGUCUUAGCCAGCCUAACACCGUGCAUGACAAGAGGUAGUUUUAUUACCUGACUCCUGACCCUCAGCAGAGGAGGAGCCGCGUGACCUGGCAUCUGCCAUCCCCUCCCUCUGCCUGCGGCUCCCUCACUGCUUCUCGCCGGUGGCCAAGGGGCCUCCCUGACAUGGUUCCAAAAGCAGGCAGCCCUGCGCGUCUCUCUGGCGGGGGCCCCACAGCCGGCCCUGCCCGGAUGAUGCCGCAGCCCCAGCCCCACCGUGCCCGGUCGUGCUGCACCUCUGACUGUCCGCUUGCCGCAUCGUGGCCCAGCUACCGCCGUGGGGAGAUGGGGUUCCGCCCCCACGCAGGAGCCGAGCAUCAGGGCCUUCCUGUCUGUCCCCGCCCUGCUCCCUAAACACGUGUUCCUGUGUGUGAUCAGAUAUAGGUUUCAGAGUCUAAGAUACGACUGUAUAUAAUUGUAAUAAAUACGAGUUGCCACUAUUUAA